AGGUAUAUACCUAUUUUAAAUUUUGUUCAUUUCAUUGAUCCUUGGAGUAGGUAUACCAACUUGUAAAUUAAUCGCACUGCGAACUGUGCCAUCACCAUGCAAUACUGCUUGGCGGAUGUUGGAAUCCUGCAAAGCGGCCACGGACAGCCAUCCAUCACUGACGGAACCGUUUUCAAAUAUGAAGGCCAAAGCUACUUCCAGCUGGAUGCAUCUCUGAACGUUAAGAUCCUGCUCAAAGACGUUAAAUGUAUCCCGGAGUACGCUCUGCUACAGCGAACUGAUGCUUCAGACAGUGAAACGGUCUAUCUAGGUCUAUUUCUGCGACGACUGCAGCCGGAAGAGAUCGGCGAUUUCGGUUACGCCCGGCAGAGGAUGCGGAUGGUGAAGACAUUCUUCGAGGAGGUGGAAAGGCACGAUUUCGUGCGGUUGGAAGAGUUAAAGCUUCAGGAGGAUAAGGAGGAGGAGGGUGAUGGAGCAGCGAAUGCUCUGAGCGUUGGUCAGUUCUAUGAACGAUUGAGGGAGAUGCAUCUGAGUGACAUUUUGGAUGAGUCCAUUCCGGAGGAUGUGAGCCACAAAUGUUUGAGACCGACGUUGAGGCCAUACCAAAUUCAGGCUAUCCGUUGGAUGUUGGAUCGAGAAAUGGUACGAAAGGUUUUGCCAGCACAGUAUUUGAAGUUGCAGAACUGUAACAUUCCGGAAGUUGAUUUCUAUAUGUAUUUUGACACCUUCGAAGUGGUGGAUGUAAUGCCACGGGAGAUAGCUAUUCCUCCUGGUGGAGUUUUGGCAGACGAGAUGGGCAUGGGCAAGACGGUUGAGAUAUUAGGAUUGCUGCUGUUCAAUCGCAAGAGUAAGAAACGGAAGCUGCAGGAGCCAGAUAACGGUGACGAUGAAAUCAGUGUGGAUGAAGAGGAGGAGGAAAAGGAGGUUAGGUGCAUCUGUUCCAGGAAUUCUAAUAAAGAUGUGAUAGCUUGCCAGAAAUGCGGUCUAAGACAGCACAGGAUGUGUGUAAUGAAAAAUUGUGUGCAGCCGACAAGACGGUACAUUUGUCCAGAAUGUUGGCGAUUGGAGCCAUUGGUAGAAUCCGGAACGACAAUAAUCGUUUCGCCGGUAUCGAUUAAAAUGCAGUGGGCAUCAGAGAUUGCCAAACACGUUGAUGAUCAGUCGUUCAAAAUCUUCAUAUACGAAGGGGUAUCCGUUAGUGGUUGGAUCAGUCCGGCUGACCUGGCACAGUACGAUGUGGUUCUGACGGACUACAACGUGUUGAAAACAGAGAUUUACUUUACGGCUGACAAUUUGCGCACAUCUCGACACGAGAAACGUUUCCUAAGACUCGUAUCGCCGCUACCGUUGGUUCAAUGGUGGCGCGUUUGUCUGGACGAGGCGCAAAUGGUGGAAGGAAUUCAUAAUCAGACAACGAAGAUGGUGAAAACUUUGCCGGCAGUGCACCGCUGGACGGUCACCGGCACGCCCAUCGAGAAGAGCAUGGAUAACCUGUACGGACUGGUGCACUUCCUGGACUAUGCUCCCUACAACGACUACCGGGUGUGGUGCGAGCUAACCCGGCUUUUUCAGCAGUGCAAUCCGCGGCCCUUGCUACACAUUAUAUCUCGAAUCAUGUGGCGAACGUGCAAAGCGGCCGUGCUCGACCAGCUCGGAAUUCCACCACAGACGGAAAUGACCCACUGCAUAACGAUGUCCGAUUUACAGAACUUCUUUUACCGGAUGGAGCAUGCAAAAUGUGCUACGGCUUUCCGUGAGAGGGUUGCCAAGCUCACCGACCGGAAUACCAGCAUGGCGCGGAUGAACAUUCAAACGUUGAAUUCGCUGAUGGAGCCGGUACGCAAGCUCCGCCAGGACUGCACUAUCCCGUCGAUCUUGCAUCGCUUAGAUCAAACGACGAUGACGAAGAUGCUCACACCGACCGAAUUGCACGACCAUCUAAUUACAAAAAACGAAAUAGACUGCAAAUCGCAGAUUCGUUCAAUUGUUUCCAACCUCAACGGAAUGGCCGCGAUUCAUGUGAUCCGAAAAGAGUACGAUCAGGCGAUCAAGAUGUAUCAAUCCGUGCUGCGCUGGGCUGACGAUUACCAGGGAGCGAUCUGUGUCGAUUCCCUGCUGCAGAUCCACGCUCUGCACAAUCUUCUCGAGGUGCUUCGGAUGACGGAGCAAGAGAAGGUGAAUGAAAUUUCCCCGGAGGAAAUGGCCGGCUAUGAGAAACGAUGUGCCGAACUGGAGUGGAAGUACAUGGAGACGUAUUCGAAUCUGGUCAAAAACGUUGAGCAGGAGUUGAACCGCACAACGGAGAAGAUCAAAGAAAUUUUCGCUCAAUUGAAUCACAAAGUCGACGGCGGUUGGUGGCGGAGCAUCAUCUACCAGGUAGGCAGGGAUCCCGCCGCAAUCACCAACUUCAUGCUUAAGCUGAACGUUGAAAUUCAUGAUCACAAUCGCAUGGCACGGCAAAUGGAAUCUGUGCGGGGAUUGGACUAUGCACUAACUGUUUGGUUCGACAAAGUAAAGCGGCAUCGUUACCAGUUGCAGGAGGCCUUCAAAUCAAUCGACUAUUUCACUAUGAAUCUCCGACCGAAACACAUGUGGCCGGUCAAUGCAAAAGACCGCAUCGAAAAGCUGGUUCGAGAUGCUUUUCUGUGCCAUUUGGAUAAAGAAUUGGACGAUCUGCCAGCCAGUGAACGAUUUAUGCGACCGACUUGUGUCCUGUGCGAUGUGAAAUCGGUUCUGACUCAGUACGAGUGUUUGAUCUUUGACAUGGAAGUCGUCGAAUCUGGCCCCAGUAGCACAAUGACGAAAGGCUCCUGGCAGAUGAGCACACAGGAGCUGAUCCUUAGGCAGAUUCACGCCUUCUCCAAAAGAGACAAUCUGGAUCCGGAGAUCCUAGUGGAAGGAGACCUCUACAUUUCCUAUUUGGAAAGCCUGAAAGCCGAAUUCAAGCAAUACUCCAAGUAUUGGGUUGAAACCAACUAUAUGGCUGCUGCGCACGACGAGCUGAACAUGUGUCGUUCCCGACUCCAUGUCGUCACUUUGGAAGAAUUGGAUCACAACAUCACAAAGAAAACUAUUCAGCAGAUAUUGGAUAUCGAGGUGGACGAAACCUUGCAGUAUAUGCAAUUGCAGAAGACAACUUCUGAGAAGGAAUUUGUGCGGCUUCAAGGCACCCUCAAAUAUCUGCAUCAUUUGGGCAGCGUCAAGGAGAUUGAUGUUUGUCCGAUUUGCCAGUAUCCACCGAAAGAAAAGUACGCCGUGCUACAGUGCGGACACCAUUUCUGUAUCAUCUGUGCACCGCAAAUCUUAAAAAUAAAUCGCGAUGGUAACAUUGACUGUGUUGUUUGCCGCCAUCGGCAGCGCGUAGCCGACAUCUAUUACGUAACCUGUAACAAAUUGGACGCCUCCAAAGCGAUCAUCGUGCGAGGAAAAUACUCCAGCAAGAUCAUAGAAAUUGUGGAAACUAUUCUGCGGCUCAAACAAAAGGAACCACAAGUAAAAAUCAUCAUCUUCUCCCACUGGGAUCCGAUCCUGUCGAUGCUGGCCCGAGCGCUGGACGAAAACUCCAUCACCUAUCGCAUGAAGGGAAGUAAGUUCUACAAAGCCAUCGAGGAGUUCAAGGACUACCGUAAUGACAUCACCUGCAUGUUGCUUCCGCUCAAAUACGGCUCCAAGGGACUGAACCUGAUCGAGGCGACGCACGUCUUUCUGGUGGAACCGAUUCUCAACCCGGGCGAGGAACUGCAAGCCGUUGGACGCGUACACCGAAUCGGACAAACCAAGCCCACCUUCGUCCAUCGCUUUAUCGUGCAGAACACGAUCGAGGAAACAAUCCAUCAGACCAUUCAAAACGACCAGUGCGGUUUGUGGAGCUCGAGGCAGGUCACCGUUGGGCACUUGGAACAGCUCUUUCAACUGACUUCAGAGCCAGUCUUUCUGUAAUAAAAUAUGU